CGCGGAGCCCUGGGCCCGGCGGCGGCCGGGCGGCGGGAGGCGGCGGCGUCCGGGCGGGAGCCCCAGACCCCGGCUGCGCCGGCCCAGGAGACGGUGGCGCUGCAGUGGCCUUGGCUGAGCCCAGGCCCUCUGCUCCCUCAGCGUGGAGACGAUGCCCAAGCUGCAGGGCUUCGAGUUCUGGAGCCGCACCCUGGGCGGGGCGCGGCACGUGGUGGCCCCGAUGGUGGACCAGAGUGAGCUGGCCUGGAGGCUGCUGAGCCGCCGCCACGGGGCGCACCUGUGCUACACGCCCAUGCUGCACGCCCAGGUCUUCGUGCGGGAUGCCAACUACCGGAGGGAGAACCUGUACUGCGAGGUGUGCCCAGAGGACCGGCCCCUCAUCGUGCAGUUCUGUGCCAACGACCCGGAAGUGUUUGUCCAGGCGGCUCUCCUGGCUCAGGAUUACUGUGACGCCAUCGACCUGAACCUGGGCUGCCCCCAGAUGAUAGCCAAGAGAGGUCAUUACGGAGCCUUCCUGCAGGAGGAGUGGGACCUGCUCCAGAGGAUGAUUCUGCUGGCCCACGAGAAGCUCUCUGUCCCCGUCACGUGCAAAAUCCGCGUCUUCCCGGAGGUUGACAAGACCGUGAGGUACGCCCAGAUGCUGGAGAAGGCUGGCUGCCAGCUGCUGGCAGUGCACGGACGCACCAAGGAGCAGAAGGGGCCCCUGUCGGGUGCGGCGUCCUGGGAGCACAUCAGGGCUGUGCGCAAGGCCGUGAGCAUCCCUGUGUUUGCCAACGGGAACAUCCGGUGCUUGCAGGACGUGGAGCGCUGCAUCCAGGACACCGGCGCCCAGGGCGUCAUGAGUGCAGAGGGCAACCUGCACAACCCCGCCCUGUUCGAGGGCCGGAGCCCUGCAGUGUGGGAGCUGGCCGAGGAGUACCUGGACAUCGUGCGGCAGCACCCCUGCCCGCUCUCCUACGUCCGAGCCCACCUCUUCAAGCUGUGGCACCACACGCUGCAGGUGCACCAGCCGCUCCGAGAGGAGCUCGCCAAAGUGAAGACUCUGGAGGGCAUCGCUGCCGUGAGCCAGGAGCUGAAGCUGCGCUGCCAGGAGGACAUGUCCAGGCAAGGGGAGGGUGCGAAGCCGGCCGGGGACCUGCCUUUCUUCCACUGGAUCUGUCAGCCCUACGUCCGGCCAGGGCCCCGGGAUGGGAGCAAGGAGGGCCACGGUGCCCGCAGCAAGCGCGCCCUGGAGGAGGAGGAGGGCGGUGCGGACGGCGCGGCCGCCCUGUCCAGGAACAAGCAGAAGAAGCAGCUGAAGAACCCCCGCAAGACCUUUGACCCCUCCCUGAAACCAAAAUACGCCAAGUGUGACCAGUGUGGGAACCCAAAGGGCGACAGGUGCGUGUUCAACCUGUGCCGCAGCUGCUGCAAGAAGCGAGCCUUCAGAGAGACGGCGGACUGCCCAGGUCACGGACUGCUUUUUAAGACCAAACUGGAGAAGUCUCUGGCCUGGAAAGGGGCCCAGCCCGGGCUGCAGGAGCCCCAGCAGGCAGGGCCUGGAGCGCCAGGUGGCCUCUCCGAAGUGGUGGGCAGCGCCCUGGCCUGAGGGCCAGCAGGAGCCCUGCCCCUGGACUGUCGCUGAAGCCUGGACACAGCUUUCCUAAGGAAACGCCUCUCAGGGAACCUCCCGCUCCGCGCACGGGAGGGCGGGCCGGGCCGACGGCCUCCCCUGGCCCCGUGGGGCCUGGCAGUGCCGCACCAGGGACGGAGCCCAGGCUGGACCUGCCCUGUCCUCACGACGUGCGUUUUCACAGUGAACAAUAAACGAUUUCAGAGCCACGCGUGCAGAGUGGACA